GUAUGACGUAACCGUUGCCUCAAGGUUCUAACAAUGACGAUGAGACGGUUUCGUCAGUUUCUGGACUCUAAUUUCAAUCCAGACACAACUGAUAAUCUGACGCUACUCCACUGCUCUCACACAUUCAACCACACUCGUUGAAAGUCCGAUUGCUGUAAGCGCGUGUGGCAAUUGUCACAGCAUUCAAACGGACGCUGAUAAGCUCCAUCGCCAACUCUUCGCUAUACCAGUGAUCGCUAAUCUUUCGAGCAAACAGCAGCAUCAUGACAGUUACUUUAGCAGCGACCAUUUGUUUACUUCUGCUGCUGGUUGGAAUUGGAAGUGAUGCAGCGCAGCGCAGUUCAACCAAAGCUGCCACCCAGCGGUACCACCUCGAGUGGAAUCGAAUGCAGGAAACGGAUCAAUCGUGGCGAUGCUGGACCGAAGGGUACCGUCCUAACGCUGCCAAUGCAAACAAAAUGCACGAAACAACCAACGGGACGGAGGCGGAAGUGAGACGUAUCCUUGGAUUUAAUCAAUCCUCCACGGUGCUCUUUAUGGCGAACAGCAAUUCCGACAAUCAGAAUCUGCGCACCGAGUUCACCGUUACGCCGAACCGGAUGGUUCGCCUGACGCUGGAUAAUGUCGGGCUGGAGAGGUUGCAGAUUGGACCGUUUGUUGGUAAUGAGAACGAUUGUCGCUUGGCCGAUUUGUCAGUGCCACGGAACCGUUUGAGUGAGGUUCCGCAAGGGCUGGAAAGGUUGACCGUACUUCGGAAGCUCGAUAUGAGACAGAAUGCCCUGGUACGCUUUCCGCUGGAUCGGCUCAGGAAAGCUACCCAAUUGAAGCGGCUACUGUUGGCUCAUAAUCAGUUGGAAGCUUUCGUAACUGAGGAUCUGGUUACUUUUGAGGCGCUUCAAGAGCUCGAUCUAUCACACAACAGACUCAAGACGCUUGAUUCAACCCGCUGGAGUGCUCCAGCAUUAGCUACCUUCCACGUGGAUCACAAUCGUAUGCUGAACGCGAUCGAAGGUUGGUCCAAGACCCGGUUUCCGCUCGUGCGAGGGUUCGAUCCGGCGGGUACCAACAAUUGGAAUCAAACGUGGCUCAAAUCUGUGCAGUAGAUAACAAUCGAAGGAAUGAAUCUCUUCAAUCACUCUCUAUCGUAUCCAUUAUUGAUUCUCGUGCUGUUUAUCCAAGGAUCAGUUCGGUGAACAAGGAAGAGGCUUGGUGACAACUCGAGGCAGAAUGGAAUAAAUAGAAAUAAAAUAAGAAAACGAAACCCUCUAUUGAUUUAACAAUCGCUGCCUGACAUUUCCCUGUGGUCGUGAUUGAAACCAUUAUCGGUUUAUAAAUACAUAAGCCACAAUUACGUCUUCUGCUCCCCGUCGACAUGGCUGUUUUAAUGCUAAAGGCUGUUGGCAACAUACCACACAAACAAGCGGGAAAACGAAAAGCAUGAAGCAACUGCAGCCGAGGAAAAGUCCUCGAAGGGGAGAACAUGAAGGGCUGUUUGUUCUGCAGUGAACCCACCAAUUCCCAGCCAACUAGGACGGGAAACGACUGCAUUCCGAUCGAUAAAUAGGACAAAAGUGGUGCGCCAUUUCCCCCGGUGAGCCCCGCCAGACCAACCGUCCCCAUUACGCGAAGGUGAAUGACAUUGGAAGGGGCAGCGAACGAGACACAGAAGGACGACGAUUGGAGCCUUUGCGGUGAUUGAUUGGUCUUGCGUCAGCGACACAGGAAUGUAGGACUUUCAAUGCUUACCUUGCUUUAACAGUUAAAGACCGCAGAUCCUUGAGCUUCAAGGCGACUCGUUGAUAUGUGACUUAACACUUUUGGGCUCGAUUAUAAAACACAACAAGGGUUCGGAGUACUAGAAAUAGUGGACUGCUCUCAACACGAUCUCGUAGAAUGCAGCAAUGGCACACUUUAAUGUUUAUUGAUAUUUUUAACGUAAAAUA